AUGCGGCAACCUCCUGGAUUGGAGAAGAGUAUGGGCGGGAUUGAUGGGGACUACAGGGCGAAAUGGGGUAGGGAACUGGUGGGAGGAAUAGGCAUAGCAGGAGAGAUGACCCUCCCAAACGCCGGCCAUCCGCCGGAAGACCGACUCGUAAAAGUGUGGGGGUCGAGUUGGAGCGAUCUUGCCAAAUUCGGUAUAAGUGUUAGGCGUUUAUAA